UGCACAGGAUGGCAUCCUUGAUCUGAAUAAAGUUGCAGAAACACUGGAGGUCCAAAAGAGAAGGAUAUAUGACAUCACAAAUGUCCUUGAAGGGAUUGGACUGAUAGAAAAGAAAAUUAAGAACAGAAUUCGUUGGAAGGGAGUAGAUGGCUUAACGCCAGGAGUGCUUGAUGAUGAUGCUUCAAAUUUACAGGCGGAAGUUCAAAAUCUUACCUUGCAGGAGCACAGCCUAGAUGAUCAUAUAAGAACAGGAUCUCUGAAAUCAACCCUCUAGAAUGGCAGGUAGAAUCCCCGAGCCACUGCGCAUGUUAGGGUCGGCCGCAGCAUUUGUGGUAGGGGGCAUAUUUACGCUGUCGCUUGUCUCUUCUGUGGCCAUCCAUUCAUUGCAAUCAAUUGUAGAAGCCAAGAGGAGAAAAGUGGCGCUGCCCUGCAUGGUUUGUAAGGGAAAAGGCUUCUAUGCUUGCAAAUUAUGUAAAGGGAAUUCAACUAUAGAAUGGUCUCCCUUGUAUGAUCCCAUUGUCAUCAACCCAUGUCUCUGCCCAACUUGCGAUGGGAACAGGGUGCAGCGGUGUCUGAACUGUCUUGGGAAGGGUUAUGCAUGAAUUGAAGAGAAUUAUGCUCUUUGGGGCAUGUUGUGUUGUAAAUAAUAAUGAGUUGGAUAUCAAGAUUUUGUGUGAAAUUCCAUGUUGCUUGUUGUAAGCAAGUGAAUUUUGAAUUUAUCCUAGAAUUCACAAGCUAAUUAGAAUAUAAAAGCAGGUUAUUGAGCGAUUGCUUCCUAAGA